AUGAAACUCCUGGACUUGCCAAAUGAGCUUUUGACAUACAUAGCAAAUUUCCUGGAUGAUGAGUUUUGCAUCAAUGCAUUCCUCCAAACCUGCAAACGACUUUACCUGCUGCUGAAUAACUCACUCUAUCAAUUAAAUGUGCGCAAUUCGCACGCUUGCGCUCUUGAAUGGGCCGCUAAGAAUGGAUACGAAAAAUCUGCGCGACAUAUACUGGAAGCUGGAGCUUCUCCAAAUGCCUCUGUCUUUGAAGAGUGGCUUCCUAUGGCACUUGCUUGCAUUCAUGGACAUGAGACUGUUGUGCGUUUGUUGAUGAACUAUGAAGUCGACCCGAGUUCAACCGAAAGCUGGCUGCAGGAACCGUCUUAUGAGUCCCAGAGUGGUGACGAAGGCUGCCCGCUCAUAUUAGCGGCUGGCCGUGGCCAUGAGAGUGUUGUUCGGCUCUUAAUCUCCCAUGGAGUCCAUCCAGACAUUCGCUCUUCACGUGUGGACGAUGUUGAUCUUUCUGGCCUAGCGAUUGCGGCAAGAAAUGGACACCUUUUAAUCGUUAAGCUACUGAUCAAUCUUGGCUGUGAUCCUUAUAUCAGGGGCUGGUUUGGAUCGAACAUUCUAGCUGACGCGGCCCAUGAGGGCCAUUUCGAUGUUGUUCAUUUCUUGCUGGAGAAAAAACCCGAAAUAGAAUCUCCUGGUAUUGCUAGCUCGGCUCUUGCGAUGGCGGCUAAGCAAGGCCAUGCAGAUAUAGUGGAUCUUCUACUAGAGCAUGGAAAAUCCCCAACACACUUCAUGACAGGAUACCCUCUCGAACCUUUAAUCUGGGCAGUGAAAAAAGAACACUACUUGAUAGUCGAGAAUCUUAGACUUUCUAUGGAUCUAUGUACAUUCGUCGCACAUAGUGAAACUGAUGGCGAGGAUCAGCGGCAGCUACUUAUGAUCAGCGCUGCAUAUGGCUGGAAUUGCCUGGUUGAGAAUCUGCUUCGGCGCGGCUGUUCAACGGAAUUUCUUCACACAAAUCGAUUUCUCUGGAGCGUCAAAGAAAAUCCUGCGCUACCGAGGCAUCUCAACCUUGCGCAGUAUCCAUCACCUUUGGCUUUAGCGGCCCAUCGCGACCAUUUUGCGACCGUUAAGCUUCUGCUCAACUGCAUACCCAAUCAAAGUAUGGAGCAGUUGCUAAAUGGAAGGGAUCCAACACCACUUCUAUUAGCAAUUGACGGCCGCCAUAAACCGAUUAUCAAUAUGCUCCUAGACAAUGGCGCAAAUCCGAAUCAUUUGACAGAUGGCCGUAUACCUGUUUUUUUCAAAGCUGUUGAUGCAACUGAAAUAAUCAAACUGCUUUUUGACCAGGGAGCAAACCCUGAACUAGAGGCAGACCGUCCUUUCACUACUUACAGGGGUUCCGUCUAUGUGCAGGCGCUGGCCGUUGGAAAUCUCAGUACGGUGGAGUUUCUACGGCGCUUGCCUUGUUUCAAAGAGUCUACACCGGCUAAGAACUCUUCUCAACUGUCAGUCCUUCAAGCAGCUGCCCAUGGGGGAGCUUUAAUAAUGGAGAAUCUUCUCGAGAGCGGCUAUCAAGUUCUGCCGGGCAGUCACGAAGUCGCUGAAGCCUUACGGAUCGUGCUUUCCAAAGCAGAUCAUGCAACCUUGGCCCUUCUAUUCGAAAGAAAGCUCAUUGGAAAUUUGGUUUCAAUCGGAAAUACGAACAUCAUGGCAUUAGUUGAUUCGCCGGAUGGGGAUCUGGUUGCUAUGUCCGCUACUCUCGACAUGCUUCUGGCACAUGGGAUCAGAAUAGAGAUCGAAGAGCAAGACAAGUCACCUCUACAUGACCUUUUUUUAAGGCAAGAGAAGGUGGAGUUAUUUAAGCUCUUAUUGAAUCGGGGAGCAGAUCCCUUAAGAAAGAAAGGACAAUAUGGCGAUACUCUAUUGGCACAAGCAUCGAAGACCGGGAACAAGGAGCUAGUCCGAAUUAUGCUCAAAAGCCUGGAUGGGCGGAGCAUUCCGCUUGGAAAAUUGCAGGCUGAGCUCGCGCGAGCCAAGUAUAUGGCAGAGUUAGGAUUAGAAAGUAUAGCGGAUGUUGACGUGCGGCCGCUUCUACGUCGAUUUUACUGGCGGAAGAGGUAUCUAACCCAACCUACAAAAAGUAGCUCAUGA